CCAAUGAUGUUCUAUUACCGUCUCAGUUUUAAUUCGGAAUUACCCACCUCAGUCCAAACUCUGAUCAUAUUUAACCGCAAUGUCAAAUAUACUAUCAUAUAGCAUAUGUGUGCGCCAAUGCACGGGAUUAACGACAGAUUACAGUAUUUCGUCCACCGCUUCUAACUAAACAGAAACAUCACUCCGUCCCUCCCUGCUUUUCGGAAAUAGGAGGCUUGCUGUGUUACAAUGUGACAUUUUUUUCCCUACAAAAGCGCCUCCGUCUCUCCUCUACGUUGCACACCAUUUAGAAUUCCUGGCGUUUCUGUCUUUUUCUGCUCUCUCUCUCUCUCCCUCCCUCCCCCUUUCUGGGCGGCAGUGUGUUUUCUCGGACGAGCGUGGCGCUGUACAUCAUCUCCCGUUCGGCACACAGAUACAUACACACACUCUCACACACGGAGUCGGAAUAAGAGAGUGAGAGACAGCCAUGGGGAGGUGGAGAAGAACGGCUUGUUUUCUUUGUUAUUUUUAAAACUGUUGCAACUCGCUCCUAUGACACGAUUCGCGGCGAGCUGCAUACACCGAUAUUCCCGAUGCACUCGAAAACGGGGAGCAGGCUUUCACAGCCUCCCUAAAUCGCACUGAAGCACUCCCUACGGCGAUUCCGUAUCUUCAAAGAAUGAAGCUGGACGUACCUCAAGUCUUUGUGCCUGCAGGAAUACUUCGGCAGCAGCAUUAGCGGGAAUCUGGAUUCGAUCGUUUUGAAGUUCUGGCCGAACAGGGACCGGGCACGCAGACGUCACGAGCAUGAGCGUGAGAGAGAAGGGGUUGCCGGUGGACCUGGGGGGCAGCUUCACUGAAGAUGCCCCGAGGCCGCCUGUCCCGGGGGAGGAGGGCAAGUUGGUGUCCAGCGACGUGCGACUGUACAACCAUGGCUUCUACUCGACCUCCAGAGAUGGCCUCAAGAACGAGGCAUCGACGGCCACCCCCCGGCGGCCCGACCUGGACCUGGGCUACGAACCGGAGGGCAGUGCCUCUCCGACGCCACCCUACCUAAAAUGGGCCGAAUCCCUUCACUCGCUCCUGGACGACCAGGAUGGGAUCCACCUCUUCAUGACGUUCCUCAAGCAAGAGGAGUGCGCCGACUUGCUGGACUUCUGGUUCGCCUGCAGCGGCUUCCGCAAGCUGGAGGCCAGUGAGGGCAAUGAGGAGAAGAAGCUGAAGCUGGCGAAGGCCAUCUACAAGAAGUACAUCCUAGACAACAAUGGUAUCGUAUCACGACAGAUCAAGCCGGCCACCAAGAGCUUCAUCAAGGACUGCGUGGCGAAGAUGCACAUAGACUGCGCCAUGUUCGACCAGGCCCAGACCGAAAUCCAGACCAUGAUGGAGGAGAACACGUACCCUCUAUUCCUCAAGUCGGACAUCUAUUUGGAAUAUACCAGGACAGGUGGCGAGAGCCCCAAGUUAUUUAGUGACCAGAGUUCCGUGUCGGGGAAUGGGAAGGUUUUGCCGGGAUACUUGCCAACACUGAACGAGGAUGAGGAGUGGCGUUGUGAGCAAGAUCCGGAGGUGGAGUCCCCCUGCGACCAGACCCCUAGUAACCGGCUAACACAGAAGCUUCUGAUGGAGACCGCCUCGCAACGGGUGGUUCCCAGCAAGCGGUACCAAGAGCGCCAGGAGUACAGACACACGCCAUGGAGGGAGCCCGCCAACCCGUACUACGUGAACACGGGCUACGCCCUGGCCCCCGCCACCAGCGCCAACGACAGCGAGCAGCAGAGCAUGUCCAGCGACGCCGACACCCUCUCGCUGACCGACAGCAGUGUGGAUGGGAUCCCGCCAUACCGCUACCGCAAGCAGCACCGGCGGGAGAUGCAGGAGAGCGCCAAAGCCAACGGACGAGUGCCACUACCUCAUAUUCCCCGCACGUACCGCAUGCCAAAGGACGUUCACGUGGACCCGCAGAAGUUUGCCGCCGAGCUCAUCAGCAAGCUAGAGGGCGUCCUGCGUGAGAGGGAGGCGCAGGAGAAGCUGGAGGAGCGACUGAGGCGGGUUCGGCUGGAGGAGGAAGGCGAGGAUGCUGAUGUGUCCACGGCCCCCUCCCUGUCCAGCCAAAGGCUGCCCCCGGCCUCCCACCCCCAGCACUACGCCGGAACUCGCUACGCCGAUCUUGGCUACAACGGGCUACAGCUGCGGGACGCCCACGAGGAGAACCCCGAGAGCAUCCUGGACGAGCACGUGCAGCGCGUCAUGAAGACGCCCGGCUGCCAGUCCCCCGGCACGGGACGGCACUCGCCCCAGGGCUACGGCAAAUACACGGCCAAGCCGGUCUCCAAGGCUGAGCUGGCUGGCCCAUACCACCAGAAGCACGCACACCAUCACCACGGCGCUGGCGGUAAGCCCGCCAAGGAGCAGCUGGAGGCGGAGGCGGCGCUACGCGUGCAGGCCGGCUUUGCCUGGGGCCUGGAGGCACAUCACUAUGCAAGCAGAGCCCGCGGCCAUGGCGACAACAUGGCCAUCAACGUGGUGGAGGCGCUGGCUUGCAGCAGCAAAGGGGGCACCCUCUCCAAGCGGACGCUCAAGAAGGCGCUUCCGGAGAAGGUGGACGAGGUGCGGGCCUUUGACCUGCUCAUGCCCUCUGAGGACCUGGAGAGGAACCGGCAGAUCAUCCAGUGGAUGAUGGAGGGGGAGAAGGAGGCAUGUAGGAAGAAGAAUCUUCACGGGAACCCCGGAGGAUCCAAAAAGCCGCCGGGCCACGAGGCCACGCGGCUCAGCUCAGUGGAGAGGCCCGGCCCGGUGCAUUCCCGCAUCAGCGCCCAGCUCCGUAACACCGUGCAGCCCUCCCACCCCUUCAUCCAGGACCCAACCAUGCCUCCCAACCCUGCCCCCAACCCCCUCACCCAACUGGAGGAGGCACGGCGCCGGCUGGAGGAGGAGAAGAGGAGGAGCGGGACACUGCAGACCAAGCAGAGGUAUGUGCUGGAGGUGAUGGAGCGGGGGCGCACAGCCGCCCGGCCCGCCCUUAUCCCCGCCUUCAGCGUGGUGCCGGCUGUCUCCGACAUUGACCUCUCGGAGCCUGAGCACAAGGCGACGAAGAGGACGCCCUGUGAAAACAUCACUGUGGCCUACUACUUCUGCGGAGAGCCCAUCCCCUACCGGACAUCUGUCAAAGGGAGGAUAGUCACACUCGGACAGUUCAAAGAGCUGCUCACAAAGAAAGGCAGCUACAGGUAUUACUUUAAGAAGGUUAGCCACGAGUUUGACUGUGGCGUGGUGUUCGAAGAGGUGCGCGAGGACGACGCCAUACUGCCCAUCUACGAGGAGAAGAUCGUCGGAAAGGUGGAGAAGAUUGACUGAAUUGGGGGGGGGCGGGGCCAGAGAGAAGAGGCGGGAAAAGCAAAGCCCCCCCCCCCCCCCCCAUGGAAAGCGAAGUUGCCACAGGAGGCCACCUCAAGAUGGUGGAUGAGAACAUGAUCUGGACCAGGGUUUGAGGAGCGACCGGUUGAAGGUGCAGCAGAUGUCUACCUUCUGGUGGGAGUGUUUUUUAGAGGAGCAAACAGACGGAGCAGGUAGUGUGUGUGAUACCACGUGGACUUAAAUACUCCUGUUUCUGCCCUGUCGGUUCACCGUUCCUUCACCACCUCUCGGCACCAGCAGAAACUGCUAUACACAGGAAAAAAACAAAGAACAAACGAAGGAAGAAGGCAGCCUGAUAUUUACCUUGGUACAUUUCUAUCUCAGUCAUGUAGCAUUUAAAGUUGUACCAGAGAAAUUGUAUGAUGAAUAUGUUUACUAAGCUGCAUAUUUUUGAUAUGAUAUUAAUAGAAGGAAGGUAUCCUUUCUACUGCAACAACGCUUUCUUGUAAUUUUGAUAUGUACAGGUACUGUUAAGUAUGCUAGAUGUGUGCGGGCCGUCUAAUGCCUGUGACCUUUUAAAAGCAAGAAGAGAAGUUUUUAUAUAAUAUAUUUAAUUAUUGGAAAAAAAAAAGGCAAGCAGUUGGUUUUGUCCUGUUAAUUAUGCGCAUGGCGCCAGCCAUCCUCCUCGUACAUCUUUAAUUUGCUUCCUUCCCUGUCAAAAGUGUCUAUUUUUAAGAGCUCAUCGCAGCGCCAGAUUUUUGCUCAACACGAAUACCGUCUAACAGACAACAGUACUGCUUCCUGUUUGCCCCAUGUGUCUAUCCCCGCUCCCCCGGGGGUGGGCGGGGGGCUCGGCGCCCGAAAGGUGCCCUGUCCACGGUACCCUUCAGCGUAGCCCCUGCCCCCUUAGCAGUGGUGCAGCAAAAGCUGAGGCAGCACAAAUCUAUUUCACCAGCUCAGCGCUGUCCUGUCAUUUGCAUUGGCACUGUAAGCCCCGUGCAAAAUAUACGUCUACGCCUUAAUGUAAAAAAAAUAAAAUUAAACUCUAAAUCAUAGCCUUCUAGCGUAUUUUGGCUAAAUUUCAGGUGCCUGGUAGUAAUUUUAUUAUUAUUAUUAUUAUUGUUUUAUAAUUACUAUUUUAUAAUUAUUUUAUUAUUAUUACUAUUUCGUGCAAAGUGAUCUACCUUUUGCUAGAUCAAUAGACACCAAAGAGCACCAUACGUAUUACAUUUCAAUUUCUUUAAAAUGUAUGUUUUCCAUUUAAAUGACUCGCAGUUCCUCCCCCAGAUUUGUAUUUUUUAAUUUUAAUUUUUAAUUUUUUUUUUUUGCGAAUGGGGGGUCAUUUAAAAAAUAUAUUUAGGAGGGAAAUUAUCGGUAGGAAUUAUUUUUAAGUGGUAAACUGCGGGGCGCGGCACUGCGUGUGGCUGCACCCAUAAAGGAACUUUCCAAAAUCCUCUCCAAAUGCUAUUUUCUCUUUAUUUAUAUGACAUUCUACUGCAUUUUUGUACAAAAUUAAAGCAUCGUGGUGAGAGAUUCAUUAGGGCACGUAAUGGAUCUCGACCCCCUAACCCAACGCGUUGAAAGCACACUUGAAUUAUAUUGGUACUUAAAUGUCAGAUUCGGCGCUGCUGCAAAUGGCAGAAAAUAAAGCUCGUCCGUUUAGUUAUUAAUAUGUACUUUUCCAUGUGCGAUUAAAAGACUGACGGUGAUUACUGUGAACGCCCCCAAAAGCGAUCUAUCCUAAUUUAACCUAGGUUUUAUGUAAAUAUGUCACAGAGUGCCUUGUUGUUGCCGUCUGCUCUGAAGGUCAGCCGUAUUAUUUCCAGAAUGUCAGAAGGAUGUCUGUCCAUCCAGGGACGAGUGUUAUUUUAUUUUUUUAUUGUUUUUUUUUGCCUUUUAUUUAGGACAGUUCAUUAGACAUUUUUUCCUUCUUAAUUGUCACUGCAUUAAUCUGGAUAUGCCAUUUUUCUAUGUAAAUAUGUACAUUUUCAUACGAGUGUCUUUAGCCGGCAGAAGAUUUGGACGUUUAGGAUCCAGGUCAUACUUAAGCCUGCUGACUUGUACAGUUAUCUUUAAAAGGUACUUGGACAAUAAAGAAAUGUAAUAAAAA